AUGACACUAAAUCAACCAGAAGCAUCGGACAGUGAAUUCUCCGUCAUUUUGCUGGUCGCAGUCAGUAUUCUUUGGGUUCCCGUUAUUGAACGUCUCCAGGGUGGUCAGCUAUAUUUGUAUAUCCAGGGUGUUGCUGCUUGUCUGGCACCACCGAUUGCUGCUGUCUAUUUGUUAGCCGUACUGUGGAAACGGUGUUCAGAACCCGGUGCUUUCUACGCCCUAAUGACCGGCCUCAUUACCGGACUGAUCCGUCUGGUUUUGACCGUGGUCUAUCACGAACCAGUCUGCGGUGAACCGGACCAUCGGCCGGCAAUCGUGGCUCGGUUUCACUACAUGUAUUUUGCCUUGUUCUCAUUUCUUCUGACCGGUCUGGUUAUGAUCGUGGUUUCACUGUUCACUCGUCCACCGGACAAACAUUGUUUGACUCGGUUGACAUACUUCACCGCAUGGGAUGUUCCAGAAGAGUACAGUCCACCGGUACCUAAAGAUUGUCAGGCAGUCAAUGCAUAUGGGAUUAGUGAAGCCUAUGAUAAACCGACGGGAGAUGCCAUGCUAGCGUACGGACUGUAUGACCCUGCUAUAACGGAACAACCGCGAUCUGGGAGUCCUCGGAGCUUACAACGAAAUGAGAUUGUCGAUGUUCACGAACCUUCGCCGGAUAAACUUUGUCCUUGUCACUCUCCGGCCGGUUUGUGUUUUCGACAUAUCUGUCUGUGGUUAUGUGGCUGUGAGGACCAUCCAUGCUCACAGGAAAAUGAAUUCCGUUGCGCAGCCUGUUUGUGUUGCGGUAAAAGUCACGUGCCAGAUUGGCUCCCGUUCGGUCACGAACGAACGGUAGACCUGGAGAACGAGGAGCAACACCUGCGUAGUGUGAUCAGUCUGAAGCAAGAUCCACGUGCCAAAGUAGCUCUGCGUGUUUGCCUUGUGUUUCUCGCUAUUAUUGUAAUAUUUCUCUACGUGUUUUUCUCCGUUUAUUUCGAUCUCAUCGAUCCCGGUCCAUUGCCCGUUUGGUGGAAUGAGAGCGCAAAUGUGACCCGGAAGAUGUUGCUCGCGUUGGAGGCGAACAAUAUUAUCACACUUAAAUAG